AUGGCCAACCUCUCUACCCUCUUCCUUGCUUUCUUUGCUUUAGCCAUCGCCUUAUCCACCGCCGCCCGUGAGCCUUUUCGGGCCUCGGCGGGCCAACAAGGGCUCUGCAACAUGAACCAGACCGGUCUCGACGCUUGCAAGCCAUGCAUAACGGGCCCCAAGCCCACUGAAAAGCCCACGGAUGUUUGUUGUGAGGCUCUGAGCCAUGCUGACCUUAACUGUCUUUGCUCGUACAAGAACUCAGGGUGGCUAACGUUCCUGAGGAUUGAUCCUGAACGUGCUAUGCAGCUGCCUGCUAAGUGUAAUAUGACGCCGCCGGCAAAGUGUUAG